CAAUAAUGUACCGCAAUGCCGCUGACCGAUGUUGUGCCUUGCAACUCCUGCGCUGCAAGGUAAAGGGCACAUCAGCUGUCCGACAAGGCUGCCGGUGGCGUCGUCGGUUGCAGGGCGGAUUGAUGUUACCGUACGCCAGGCUUAGAGAUCCCACUGAUCCCACUCGGCGGGAACCCGGACUUCGCGGAUGAUACGUCCACAUAGUGUACCGGGUACUAACCCAAUACUGCGUCUGCCGUUUGCACAAACAGGAUUGCACAGAGCAGAGUAGGAUUGAGCGUGGCACGAAUCCUGCUCUCGGAACAUUCGUUAAACUGAUCUUAUGGACUGACUGAUUUAGCAUCGGCAUUCCUAUCACAUUCAUUAUGCGCCCCAGGACCCGACAUGGCUCGAAGUAAUACCGCCGAUGAGUUGGACCCUUUCUCCGACCAGGCGGCCGUGCAAGACGAACGCGAUGCCAUCGCCGAGUCAACGCUGGCCGUCGGCCGUAAUGCAACUCUUACCCUGGGGACGGACGCGGUGAUAGUCCUAGAUGAAGGACUUCGCGAAGGCCGAGGGUUCAACUGCUUUGGUUUCUUGCCUCCAAGGACCACCAACACUCGUUCGAUCCCUUACUUCAAUGUUUUGUGGGCGGAAAUCGCUAAAGAUGACCUGACAAUCCGCUACGCCAAACCUGCGUCGAAAACGCCCGAUUCGCCGGUGCACGUUGCAUACAUCAACUAUACAUUAGACAGCUCUACAUACAGUCAAGAGAGGGCGGCGAAAUGGGUGGAACGUCUGUUGGAUCGGGCUUACGGGCAGUCGCAGCGGAACAAGAGAAUCAAAUUGUUGAUCAAUCCUUUUGGAGGGACCGGAAAGGCUGUCAAGAAGUAUAUACGUGAAAUCGAGCCUAUCUUUGCUGCCGCCAGAUGCGAAGUCGAUAUGGAGCGAACGACGCACGCAGGGCAUGCGGUGGAAAUCUGCGAGAACCUCGACAUCAACGCGUACGACGUCGUCGCCAGCGCCUCGGGAGAUGGAUUGCCCCACGAGUGUAUAAAUGGUCUGGCACGCAAGCCCAACGCGGCCGAGGCCCUGCGGAAGGUCGCAAUUGUUCAACUCCCAUGUGGAAGCGGAAAUGCAAUGUCGUGGAAUUUGAACGGUACGGGCGAAAGCAGUCUAGCAGCAUUGUCCAUCGUCAAAGGCGUUCGGACCCCGCUUGACCUGGUCAGCGUCACGCAAGGGAACACGAGGACGCUUUCGUUUCUUUCGCAGUCGUUGGGGAUUGUUGCAGAAAGUGAUCUGGGCACAGAAAACAUGAGGUGGAUGGGUGACGCCCGAUUCACUUUUGGGUUUCUGGUCCGGCUUCUGGGCAAGACCGUUUACCCGUGCGACAUUGCCAUGAAGACGGAGAUUGAGGAUAAGCAAGAAAUCAAGCGCCAUUAUGCCCAGCAAAUGGCCAAGCGCGAAAACCAGAGUUUGCUUUCGCAGGGCGAACUGGAUGGCCCACUCGACGCUUCGACGAAUCUGGGUCUACCACCUUUGCAAUAUGGUACGAUCAAUGACCCUUUGCCGACAGACGCGGGAUGGACGCCCAUGACACCCUAUCCUAAGCUGGGGAACUUCUACUGCGGAAACAUGAACAUGAUGGCCGCGGAUGCUCCAUUCUUCCCUGCCGCGCUUCCCUCGGACGGCCUCCUCGAUGUCGUCACGAUCGAUGGCGACAUUGGUCGGAUGAAGUCGAUCGACUUACUUCUUUCCGUCCCGAAAGGCACUUUCUUCGACAAGGAAUGCGUCAAUAUUCGCAAGGUCCGAGCAAUCCGCGUGGUACCCCGGUAUGGACCUCGGGCAGAGGAUGCCCAGAACAAGAAGAAAGGGCAGAAGAAGAAAAUCGGCUAUUUCAGCGUCGACGGCGAGAAGAUGCCGUUCGAACCGUUUCAGCUCGAGGUUCAUAAAGGCCUCGGCACGGUUCUGAGCAGGCAUGUCGGCAUGUAUGAAGCGACCGGACCCAAGGGUUGGGAGGCUAUCAAAGUCGGCGAGCCGGCAGGUGAAGCGGAAGCGGUUUCAGCAGCAUGAGCAUGGUAUGUUUUAAGAGGUAGGGGUCCACAUCCUACUUGUACCCGCGGACAGACCGUCGCCAUGAAGGAAACCAAAGCAUGAGCAUGGGUGGAGCAUUUCAUUACAGUCGGCAAAUUUGCGCAUUGGACAUAUGGCAACCCGUCUUCUUUGGUUCUUGAUCAGGCAUCAAAUGAUACCCCCUAUGUUUAUUCAGAUACUAGUAUGUACAUAUCUCACAUCGUCUCACAGGUCCUUGGACUCUUCCAAAUUCACCUUCAUCGAAUGUUUCUAAGAGAGUAGGCCAUACAGUAACUACUGUCCACAAGUUAAGUCGCGUCAAACGCUGUCCCGGAGUACUCCUGCAGUACCUCAGUAUCUGGUUGAUACCUACCUUACCUAGGUACUUAGGGUAACCUCCAGAGCGCGGCGGUCCCCGGAAGGCUGUGAGGCCCGAGGCGCCUACAUGGCUACUGCUAGUAGCCGCGCUAGACUCAUAGGAGUCUUG